AUGCAAUAUGACAACAUUGGACGCCGUGUGAACACUCGUGACGACCGAUAUCGCAAGCGCCUUGAAGAUGACGGCACGACAGCUUUGGACGCCAUCUGGACACGCGACUACCGGUAUCUUAAGGAUGAGCGCCACGAGCUGAUGGAGAAACUCUCCUUUGCCGCCACCGCACGCCCGGACGAUGAGCGCCACAACCUGAUUGAGGAGGCGAUGAAGAUCAUUCCCGACUACCACCAGCCUCAGGACUGCAGGCGCCCGACUAAGACUCAAGAGGAGGUGAUGAAGGCCAUUCCCGACUACCACCCGCCUCAGGACUACGGGCGCCCGACCAAGGACUACAGGCGCCCGACCAAGACUGAAGAGAAAGUCUAUGUUCCUGUCAAUGACUAUCCAGAGGGGUAA